AUAAGGAAAGUAAACGUAACCGAUAGACCCAAAUAGGAAAGAGUAACGACGUGGAGACGCGCCAAUCUCUCGAUACGUACAGAUACUUGCACGUAUAUACUCUUACUCAUUUACUUUUGAAACUUGUCGGGAGAGAAGCAAUCACCUAGUCAGCUAUGGCGAACUCGGUGUUAGCAAUAUCUUUAAAAUCAUUCUUCUCUGCAUUGGGAUGUUUGAUGCUUGCGACUCUCAUUUACACCAUCUCCAUUGAUGGCCUCCCUUUUCGCAAAGACCUCCUCACUCCAUGGAUGGCAGCCACUUUGAUCGAUUUCUAUAUCAAUAUUGUAGCUAUUGGGGUUUGGGUUCUAUACAAGGAAGGAAAUUGGGUUAGUGGAAUACUUUGGUUAGUUUUAUUGGUAUGUUUUGGAAGCAUUACAACUUGCGGCUACAUUGUUCUUCAGUUAUUCAAGCUGUCACCUCGGGAUUCUUUACAAGAUCCUAUCUACUUUCUUUUGUUGCAUGAUAAGACACAGAUUGAAGUGGAAAAAAAGAAGAUUUACUCGGUUGUAAGUUCCAGAGUUCUCUUUAGCGUACUGGGCUGCAUAAUGCUGGGAACUUUACUAUAUACUCUUGUUACUGAUGGUUCUCCAUUUCGUAAAGAGCUCUUUACACCGUGGAUGACAGCAACACUUAUUGAUUUCUACAUCAAUGUUGCAGUUUUAUCGGUUUGGGUUGUAUACAAAGAAUCAAGUUGGACAAGUGCAAUAUUUUGGAUUGUUCUACUUGUAUGCUUCGGCAGCAUAACUACAUGCGUAUACAUAGUCUGGCAGCUUUUCCAUCUUGGCCCUCAAGAUCCAGUAUCUUUGGUUCUUUUUAGGAGCAGCAACAGGGCAGAAAACAUGUAUGAGGGAAUAAUACACCAAGACUACAACACAAGGGUCUAAUCUUACAUUUGUAUACAGAGAUCAUUUCUCUCUCAACAGGUUGUGAUGUUACUUUUAAGCAAUUAUUGCUCAAUAUUUAGCUUCAAACCUUUUCCCACCUCUUGUAUUAGACUCUUGGAAUAUUAAGAAAAACAAUUAGUUGUAUUUUAUAAUUGUUGCUAGGCUUUCAAAUGUAUGCAAAAAGUUUGCUAUUGUAAAUAUAUAAUACUUUUCGUUGGUGCUUUCGGCAUAAUAUUUAUAACCUUUACUCUGAAA